AUGUUGCGAUUCAUCCACAGCCGUCUGUGCAGUUUGAUAGCGUCACAGUGUAUGCGAUGGCAGCCACACGGUGGGGCAGUAAGCCGAAGGUCUCUGCACAUAGCCCCAGACUGGUGUGAGCAUUCGCGUGCUGCACGCAGCAAAUGGGUUCAAGCCACUGCUGGAAACCAGGCCGGCAUUGGAUCAGGGUUCCACAAGGUGUGGGUGCUCCUCCCAGAACUGGUUGCCAAUGAUGUCGACGUGCAAGACCUGCAGCACCCACUUUUCCCGCACGCCCCAGCUCCCAUCUGGCUUCUUCACCCUGACUUCCGCCCGCUGGCGGAUGAGGGUUGA